GUCAUUCCUCUAGCAGUGUGCACUGCAGCUCCAAAGCGAUGCAGUUCACCAAAACACUAGAGCAGCAUUACGCACGGCAAUAUUGGAGGAGUGACUAUAUUCCUGGAUCAUUGGAUUCUAAUCUCUAGUUCUUCUGACAUUUGCGAUACAUUUGGAACUAGCUCUGCGUGUCGGGACUAUCUGGAGCUGUGAAUAAGGAUUGUUUAUUCGUGGAAGAGCAUCUUUGAACUGUCUUUCGUGGGCUACACUCUGCAUUGCCCAGGAGUAUUACGCGCAACGCGUAAUCUCCUUACGUUGGUGGGCAGCAGCUCGACGCACCCGGUCUCGUCCCUUUUGGAAAGACAAAGGGUGCAAAACAACAAACAUGAUACGAAGGGACAAGUUGGAGGCAGAAUGGAUUCAACCCAGUUAAAUCCGUUGGUGGGAAACGUGUCCAACGAUGAGAACAGCACGGACGCACCGCUUUCCUUUCCACACACACCGGCAGCCGCUGCAAUCAUCAUCCUGGUGGUUAUUGUGAUUAUUUUGGUGACCAUUGUCGGAAAUGUGUUGGUGAUAGUAGCGGUGCUGACCAGCCGCGCUCUCCGUGCGCCCCAGAACCUGUUCCUUGUCUCCCUGGCGUCCGCGGACAUCCUGGUGGCCACGCUGGUCAUCCCCUUCUCCCUCGCCAAUGAGGUUAUGGGGUACUGGUACUUUGGAAGUACUUGGUGCGCAUUCUACUUGGCUCUGGACGUGCUGUUCUGCACCUCAUCCAUCGUGCACCUGUGCGCCAUCAGCGUGGACCGCUACUGGUCAAUCACGAAGGCGGUGAGCUACAACCUGAAACGGACACCGAAGCGCAUCAAGUCCAUGAUCGCUGUGGUGUGGAUCAUAUCUGCGAUCAUCUCCUUCCCUCCUCUCCUCAUGACCAAACACGACGAGCGGGAGUGUCUUCUGAACGAUGAGACCUGGUACAUCCUCUCGUCCUGCAUGGUGUCCUUCUUCGCCCCGGGUCUCAUCAUGAUCCUGGUUUACUGUAAGAUCUACAAAGUGGCCAAGCAGCGCUCCUCCACCGUAUUCGUGGCCAAAAACGGUCUGGAGAGGCAGCCCUCCCAGUCGGAGACCUGCUUCGUCAGGAAGGACCAGAUUGAGACUGAGAGCCCCAGCAGCCAAGACUCUUGCACCGGCCAGCAGGGCCAGGGGGAGCUGGAUGACAUCGACCUGGAGGAGAGCUGCUGCACGUCGGACACCAAACCGCGCAAUCAUUGCUUCACCAAGCGGAGGAAGGUGGAGGGGUCGGACUGCUGCCCGCCGCAGAGCUGCCGCCUCUCGUGGGCAUCGGCCCGGGCGUCGCAGCUCUACCCGGAGCAGAAGACCCCGGCGGAGCGACCCCGGGUGGCCGCGGUCAACAAGACCAAAGUGGCCCAGAUGCGGGAGAAGCGUUUCACCUUCGUGCUGGCGGUGGUGAUGGGGGUGUUUGUGCUCUGCUGGUUCCCCUUCUUCUUCACCUACAGCCUCCAUGCGAUCUGCAGAGACAGCUGCUACAUCCCGGGCGCACUGUUCAACCUGUUCUUCUGGAUUGGCUACUGCAACAGCUCCGUGAACCCCAUAAUAUACACUAUUUUCAACAGGGAUUUCAGGAAAGCCUUCAAGAAAAUUGUGUGCAGGACUCCAAAGCGCACGUAACUCUAGAGGAAGACAAUGAUUUGGCCUCGAAUGCCUCAACAGUGCUGGGAUGGACUUAUAUUAUCAAGACUCAGUGCUUUUGGCUGUAGUUCCCCUCCUGAAAUCAUUUUCAUGUAACUAUGAGAAUAAGAAAACCAAACCAGUCUUGUGUACAGAUUUAAAUGGCCAUGAAUAAAAUGUAAAGUGGAGCAAAAGAAAAUAAUAAGUUAAUCAUCCCAUUUUUAUCCCACUGGAGAUAUGUAAAGUUUUAAUGUAGGCCACUGAAAAGUUCUACUAACAUGAACUUUUGAAGCAGAAAGAGCAGGUAUUUGAUCAGGCUGCAGCAAACAGGAGGCCACUUCAGAGUGGGGAUGACAUCUUGUGUGUAGCUGUAACAUUAGGUGUUUGAUAUUGAGACCACUGGACGGCCUCUCUCUCCACCAUCUCAUCUAUGUGUACGCAAGGGAAUGUGCAAGCAAGUUCCACAGAGAAAGAAAAGAAAAAGAGGAAUGAAAUCCUGCAGAUUUAAAUGUCUGGCAUCGUUACAUAAUUCAGAUACAUCUUGUGUUUAACUGCAGUGAAAGCUCCUUAAGUCUCACCAGCGAACCCCCGAAAUUCACCUAAGAGUCUAAUCUCCCCCCUUCCCACCGCACAUCACACCACCAGACACCGGAAAACGAUUGCCAAUCUCAGGCCUGCGUUUGCAAAACUCUGUUGGACAAAUCUCCACAUUUUAAUUUGAACCAUAGCUCCAUAUUUUUUCAGUAAAUAUUUAAAUAGUGUGGGACCAGGAUUCUGCCAUUCAAUGUGUUCUCAGUACCAUGCAGGACUUUAAAUGUGGGUUAUGUUGUCCAACUAUAUUCAUUUUAUAUUCUUUGACAAAUAUCAAGUUUCUGGCCAGAUGAAGAAAAAACUCAAAAUACAAAGUUUAUAUUCAAAUACUUUUCUAAAAACAAAACAAAAAAAACAGUCCUGCUCCCUCUAUCUUAAAAACAGUAUCUCUGGACACAAGUAUUUCAGGAAAAGCUGAACUUCCUUCCUGCAUUAAAUCUCCUUGGAUACAGUGAGAGAGCUUAAUAUCUUCAAGCCAUGCCUCGGGCUGUAAUCCUUUAUAAAGCUGUACUGUAAGUCCCAAGACCUCAGGUACCCAGUAACUUUCAUCUUGUUUUAAAUAUCCAGAAAUAAUUCACAUCCGGUGCAACUCAACAGGCUACAUUGAAAACUACGGCUGAGGAGGGAAAGUCAAAACUGGAAGUAGACAGCUGUUCUGUUUCCUUUAUAUUUACCUGGAUCUGCCCAGGUGCAACUACAUGCUGCGGGCAGGGAAUUGUAGGACAGCAUAUUUUACUCCCCUUUUGUAAAAGGAUGGUCCAAUGUUUCCUAAAGGAGAUAACAUAGGAAGCACCGAAACUCCUUUACUUAUUAUUUAGAGAAUAAGAACAGGUCAUAUGGCUUCCAGGUCAUUUGACUCAGCGGGGAACCCUCCUCAGCAAAAUGGACGCCAGCUAUGUAACAAUGUUAAAUAAAGUGAUUCCUCAAAAUCCUUGAGCUGCACCAAAAAAUGUAAUGGGUUCUUCCCUGACCAAUAACGCAUCCUUCCAAGUUUUGUUGUUGUCGACAAAAGAAUAGACGGGGGUCAAAAUAUACAAAGCAGUUUACCGUGGAGACAUUGCUAUAAACUCUUUACAGGAAGAGCAGCUGUGGAUGUUAGCAGUAGAGCUAGAGUAGAGUUUUCAACACAAACUCAUUAUUGUGGUGGGUUCAUGCUUCAAGGAUAGAAAGGGUAAAAAUGUGAAAUGUUGAAGAGAUGGUGGAGCUUCUCCGGGGAACACUCUGGUUAGUGAGGAGAGGCUGACCAGCUCCCUGUCAGCGUAUUGUCGGCAUGGGGGUGCUGGGGAUAAAUACACUAUUUAUAUCCUCUCAGGAAUGUCUUCAAAGCAGCUCACUGGUGCCUCGCCAAAGAUAAUCACCCCGAUCGAGGCGUGUCACGCUUAAAACCGAGUGCUUUUUGUGGAAAUAGUCAAAUGAAGCGCUCUGUUGCGAAGCCAGCUCAUAUUCACCAGGGUGUUGCUGGAAAAAAAACAGUCGAGGGGUAACAAGAGAGAAGGUGGUUGAGCGUUUCCCUUUUUGUCUCGACGGGCACCACCAUUUUAUUCAUGAGCGGAAUUAGAUGGUUUGAGAGAAGCGGAGCUGGUGCGGGGAAGGGAAACUUUACCUCAAAGGGAUUCACUAACUCUUGAGAACAAAUGAAAUGUCGUAGCCCAUUCGACGUCACGGGGGGCGAUGGAAUUAGCGUCUUCAUCUUCCGCAGCUUCCGAGCGAUGCUAAUUGGAAUGUGUGCAGCUUAAUAGGAUGUUAUUGUUUCAUGUAGCUUAAUUUCUCCAGAGAGCACGGUCAUCACUCUUAAUGGCUGCUGCAUUAGUCAUGAUGGGAAAUGUUUACAUGAGCGUUCGCAUGUGAUUUUCUUCCUGAUGCUAUACGGAUUACCGUCUGACAAGACACGCAACUCCCUGGUUAGAUCCCACUUCCCGAUUCAAUUAUCUUUUUAAUCAACUGCUCCGUGGCAGCACGGAUGGCACUAAAUGCUUUUAAUUAGCUGUAGUGCUAUCUGUCACUUUCAGACAUGUCUCCUCGCACAAUUCACCUGUCUUUUGUUUCAGAAUCCAAACUGAGAGACGUUGUGUUGUUUGACUUUCCUGCUAGAAACCUUCACACAGGAAUAAACACAGAUCCCUUACAGUGCGUCGCCAUUCGUCUGAUAAAUGCCGCGCUAAUUGCAUCUCAUCUCAUUUCAUCCUGGUGCAAAAUUAACAUAUUUUACACUCUGGUGAUUCGCGGCCCUCUGAAGACUGCGCUCCCAUCUAUUGAGCCUUUCAU